GGCGGUAUCCCAGCGCAUGGCAGCAGUCAACAUCUGGAAGAGGUUACUCGCAUUGUUGCUCACUUUGAAGAGUAUACCCGAGUACAACUGCAACUUGAAAAUGUCUUUUAUAAAAGUAGACGAAGAAUCUGAUUUCUCAUUUCACAACUUGCCAUACGGUAUCUUCUCUACGGUGGACAAUCCAAGGCACAGAAUAGGUGUCGCUAUUGGAGAUCAAGUGUUGGACGUCAGUGCGAUAAAGCACCUCUUCAGUGGCCCAGUCUUGUCGACGCACCAGGAUGUGUUUGACCAGCCAACGUUAAAUGGUUUUAUGGGCUUGGGACAUGAGGCUUGGCAAGAAGCAAGAAGAUACCUGCAGAAACUACUGUCUGCAAAUGAGAGUACGAUCCGUGAUGACGUCAUACUGAGGAGCAGAGCAUUUGUGCAUCAGAGUAAUGUGAUGAUGCAUCUUCCUGCUGAAAUAGGAGACUACACAGAUUUCUACUCUUCCAGGGACCAUGCCACAAACGUUGGGAUCAUGUUCCGUGGGAAGGAGAACGCUCUCAUGCCUAACUGGCUGCGGUUGCCGGUGGGCUACCAUGGCAGGGCUUCCUCAGUGGUGGUGUCAGGGACUCCUCUCAGAAGACCCAUGGGACAGAUGAGACCUGACCCAACUAAGCCCCCAGUCUUUGGCCCCAGCAAGCAGAUGGAUAUCGAGCUGGAAAUGGCAUUCUUUGUGGGUGCUGGCAACAGACUGGGAGAGCCUAUUCCCGUGCAGAGGGCCCAUGAACACAUCUUUGGCAUGGUACUGAUGAACGACUGGAGUGCUCGGGACAUCCAGGCGUGGGAGUAUGUGCCCUUGGGGCCGUUCCUGGGCAAGAACUUUGGGACGACCAUCUCCCCCUGGGUUGUGCCAAUGGAGGCCCUCAUGCCCUUUGUGGUGCCUAAUGCUGUCCAGGACCCUGAGCCUCUGCCUUAUCUCCGUCACCAAGACGACUACACCUUCGGCAUCAACCUCUUUGUGGCAGUCAAAGGCGAAGCAAUGAGGGAAGCCGCCACCAUCUGCAAGUCCAACUUUAAGUACAUGUACUGGACGAUGAAGCAGCAGCUGGCUCACCACACAGUCAACGGCUGCAACGUGCGCCCAGGAGACCUGCUGGCCUCUGGCACCAUCAGUGGCCCUGAGCCUGAGUCCUUCGGCUCAAUGCUGGAGCUGUCAUGGCGCGGUUCAAAAAGCAUCGACUUGGGCGGUGGAGAGAGCCGGACCUUCCUGAAGGACGGAGAUGAGGUUACCAUUACAGGUUACUGCCAGGGCCAGGGCUACCGGGUGGGCUUCGGUCCCUGCAGAGGGACAAUACUUCCUGCACUGCAGCAGUGAGAGAGAGGGAGAGGGGUAGUGAGAGAGAGAGACCUGUACGGCCUAUGCACCACCAUCACUACCACCACCGCCAGUGCCACCAUCACUACCACCACCGCCACCACCGCAAGUGCCACCACCAGCGUCAGCUCCAGCUCCGCAAGAGGCCAUCUGUCCCAUACUCUCUGGUCCCCAAACACACACACACACACACAUACCCCAAGAGGGAGCAGCACAAACAUUCCCAGACACACACACACACACACACACACACACACACACACACACACACACACACACACACACACACACACACACACACACACACACACACACACACGCAAGCACACACACACACACACACGCACGCUAAAAGUUAAUAUCAUAAGGAAUCAAAUCUUCUGAAAUGUCCAGCAAUUAAUAGUUCGAAUAAUAAGCACAUAACUUUGCAGAGGGAGGACACACACGCACGCGCACGCACGCACGCACGCACAUACACACAUUAAAAGUUAAUAUCAUAAGGAAUCAAAUCUUCUGAAUUGUCCAGCAAUUAAUAGUUUGAAUAAUAAGCACAUAACUUUGGGGAGGGAACAUAACGCACACGCACACGCACGCACACACACACACACACACACACACACACACACACACACACACACACACACACACACACACACACACACACACACACACACACACACACACACACACACACACACACACACACACACACACAGAGAGAGAGAACAGCGCGGAGUACCACCACAGAAGCUGCAUAGCGCACACCAGCUAGGGUAUACUGGCUAGCAUAAUGGCCUCACAUCGACACCGAAGUCAACAAUUUAUGGCCGUUUUUAAAGUCUGUUAAUGGGGUGUCACUGCCCUGGGAGAUGCAGUUACAUUUUUUAAUAGGACCAAAGAAAAGUCUUGUGCAGUAAAUAAAUGUCUACUUUGACAUCUUGAAAAUUGGAACAUUCCUUUAUUGUUACUGUUUUGCUACCAGAUGCAGUAUUAUGUAUUAUGUGUUUGGAAAUCAUGUUAUUAAAAAAAACAUAUAAUAUUGACA